GCGCCCACUCGGAAGUUGCACGCGGCCGGCAUGUUGUCCUUUCGCCGUCGUGCUCGAUGUUUCGUGGGCGCAUUCGCGGUGAUCAAGAAGGAUGGCUGCCACCUCCGCCUGGUCUUAGACUGUCGGCCGGCGAACGUGCUGCACAAAGAGCCGCCCAUCAGUCAGCUGGCCACAGCGGCGGCACUUGGCUCCAUGUCCAUGAGAGAGGGUGAGGCCAUGGUGGACGAGCACACGCAGCGCGGCCGCCCCCUCGACGUCCACUUCUCGGGCGCGGACCUCACGGGCGGGUACUUCCAGUUCGAGUUCGAGGAGGUGGCGGGCUACUUCUGCCUCCCCCACAAGAUCGUCGCGGCUGACUACGAGGUCGAGCGCGUGUACGACGACGACCUUGCGCGCUGGGUCGACGUGGACGGGCGCGAGUCGCUGUGGGCAUGCGCGAAGGUCACCCCAAUGGGGUGGUCGUGGUCUUUGUUUUUCUGCCACUCCGCGUUGACAGAUGUUCAGGUCGUCGCUGAGAUGACGCGCUUGGCGGAGCCCGAUCGUGACAGGAUCGAUGCGAGGAUUCUUCGAAACCGCAUGCCUGUGCCCGUGCUUCAGCCUGGCUUGCCCGUGCUGGCACCUUACGUCGACAAUGCGUCCCUUAUGUGCUGGGGCCGCCGCGACGCGCUCGAAGCGUUUGCCGGCCUUCUGGACGAGUUGAGGCGGCUGAUAGGCCACGUCGUCAACCACUUCCUUCUGUUCCCGCCUUUCAUGAGCUGCUUGCGCGAGUGCUGGCGGUGGAUGGGAGAGUUCGACGGCCGCGCGGGCAGAUUGUCCGCUGACGUUGCCUCUGAGCUCAAGGUGGCGGCCGGGCUGGUGCCCAUCGUCCGCCAUCACUUUCGGCUCAACACUUCUACGACCGUGCAUUGCUCCGACGCGAGUCAGGCGGGUUACGCAGUGCAUGUGGGGCGCUUCAACCCAGGGGAGUUGUUGCCCGCCAUCGCGUGGAAGGAGCGCUGGCGCUUCAGGGCGUUGGAGGCCUUUGUCGAGGACGACGACGCGGAUCCAGGACCCUGGAGUUCGAUUGCCGCAGAGUCGUCGUCGCUGGCGCCCUCCUUCGAGUCCGAGCUUGGUUUCGGCGACCUCGUCGCGAAUGACAUCACCGCUUCUUCGUGGAAGGCGAGUUCGUCGCGAUGGGCGUCGAGACGGGCACGCGAGUCGAUCGACGCCCACGCCGUGCUGGCCCUCGGCGCCUCGUUCAGCGAUCGGCUGAGAUGGCGACGCGUGGUCGUCGGGGGUUGGUGCAAGCCUGAGGCCAUCCAUGACAAGGAGGCCCGCGCCUCUCUGCUGGGGCGUCAUCGUCGCUCUCGGCGCGAGCGACGCUGGGAUUCGGAGCCCCUUUCGGUGGGAGACAACCUGUCCGAGAUCUUGGCGAUGGAGCGCGGGCGGGCCAAGGGCCGCGAGCUGAACGCUUUGCGCCGCCGCUCGUCGGCCCUUCAGGCUGCCUGCAACAUCCGCCG